GUGGCCUUCUUUGCCGAAGUGAAGGCUCUCGUGCUUUGGUUGGCCAAACCGAGCCAAUUGGCCUCGCACAACUCGGCAGGCACGGAUGGUGGCGGCAGGCCGGGACUCGGACUAGAGAUGCGUCCGCCCACCGCAUCGGGCCUCGCCGGCGACCGGGAGCCGGGCGUCUAUCUGGUCGCCUAUCCCGACCAUCGGCCGACCGGAGAUGCCUUCGUCCUCUUUCCCGACGAACUGAUGGCGUCUCGAGCCUUGGCCCGGCACAAAGACUACCUCGGCGACCGUUACGUCGAGCUCUUCAAAGCCUCCGCCUCAGAAAUGGUACAGCUCGAUCCCACCAGAAGACGACCAGCUGUCGAUUGGCUUUACUGGAACAUUCAUGCUGAUGCUGUUUCCGAGGCAAGCUCCUCCGAUUCGUCCUUCAAAUCUCUUCACCCAACACUUUCACUCGAAAUGGAAGUAAACUCAACAAUUGUGAAACAAGAGACUCCUCGAAACCCAACUUUUAUUACCUCUUCGACAUACUCAUAA